AGAGGAGGAUGGCUGCCGGGAAGCUGCUGCUCUACGCCGGCCUCUCGCUGUCCCUGUGCGCGCUGGGCAUGCUGGCCGUGGCCGUGUGCUCCGACCACUGGUACGAGACGGACGCGCGGCGCUACCGCGAGCGCUGCCGCAGCUUCGCGAGCCGCCGCAAGGACCCGGGCUUCAUCUACAUCCCCAAUAACAGCCUGCCGCUGCGCGCCUCCGCCGGCAGCCGCGCGCGCCUCGACCGCUGGGAGGAGAGGCUGCUGCUCGCGCGCAACCGGCGCCAGCUGUUCGCCAUGAGCGCGGCGGACGAGUGUAGCCGGCAGUACAACUCCACCAACAUGGGCCUGUGGAGCAAGUGCCACCGCCUCGGCUUCGACCAGGACAUCGAGGACCUCAUUCGGAAAGGUGCAAUUGCAAGAUGUUCCUAUAUCAAGUACCACUAUUCUUCAGCUACGAUACCCAAGAACCUGUCCUACAACAUCACCAAGACCAUCCGGCAAGAUGAGUGGCACUCCUUGCACCUGCGGAGGAUGACGGCUGGCUUCAUGGGCAUGGCUGUAGCCAUCAUCCUGUUCGGCUGGAUCAUCGGCAUGCUCGGCUGCUGCUGGGACCGAGGCCUCAUGCAAUAUGUGGCAGGUCUGCUCUUCCUCAUGGGCGGCACAUUCUGCAUCAUCUCGUUGUGCACCUGUGUGGCGGGGAUUAAUUUCGAGUUGUCUCGUUACCCACGCUACCUGUACGGGCUUCCGGAUGACAUCAGCCACGGCUACGGCUGGUCCAUGUUCUGCGCCUGGGGUGGACUGGGCCUGUCGCUAAUCGCCGGCUUCUUCUGCACGCUGGCGCCCUCCGUCCAGCCGCUCCCUCGCUCCACCUGCCCCAAGUCCCGGCAAGAAAACGGCACGGUGUGUUAAGCGGAGGCCUCCCGGGGCGCCACGUCCACCAUAAAGCCACUGCGCGGACAUAUACUCUGUAUAUGUCACAUGAGGAACAUAUACAUAGUAAGACAACUUGAUGACCCAAACCAUGCGUUCAUUUCAAGUCAUUUCUAAUCUCACCGACCAGGCCACAGAUGCCAUUUUUGUGUGAAUUUGCAAGUGUCUUGAUCGUUCAAAGAAAAAUAGAUGAAAAUUUAACAAAUAUGUACUACUCUAAGGCGGUGUAUUGGUGGACUUCUCCUGAGAUGCCUGAGAAGUGGAGACAUUAAAAAAGAAAGGCUUCACUUUGCAGAUUAUUUCCCUGCCCUCAAGAACUUUGAGAAGGGCAACAUAAAAUGGCAACAGAGACUUUGUACAUCAGUAUAUGAAAAAUACAGAAGCAUGGAGCUCGACAGGUUUGUGACAGAAGUUCCUAGAUGUUUUGUCUUUGUCUCCAUGUCGCUAAAUUGGUGCUUUGGGACUGAGAAAAGGUUCCAGCACUUGUGUGGGUUUUUUUUUUCUUGCGCAUUUAGAGAACACCAGGGACGGCCACUGAAUGGAGACAGUGCCAAUUAUGUGAAGGCAACAGUUCACAGUGGUUGCAGAAUGCAGGCGAGAGAGAAAACUUUCAGAAGCAAUGGAUUCUGCGAUGCAGAAACACGGAUAUAGAUGUGAACGGGUUCAGGUUAGUCUAAAGUGUCAAAGAUCAACACUUGACACUGGAGACUACCACAAGGCCUUUAGGGUGCACCUAAAAGAUCGGUACUACUGAACACACACAAGUUGACGUUUCUAAGAGAAGAACAUUUUGAGGAACGGAACGUGUCUGCUGGUGCCAGUAUUUCUCAACUGCUGUAUAGCAAAUUGUAAAUAAUCCUCCAGAGAAAACAAAAAAUCAUUACCAUGGGGACAGAUUUUAGAGCAUUUACUUUCCCCUGGGAGGGAGUUCCAUUCUUCCAUUCUCAAAUGGGAUCAAACAUUUUUAACAUGGUGGUCCACCGUUUUUUGUGUGCUUUUGUUUUCUAAAAUUGACGAGUAUCAUGAAUGAUUGUGUGCGUGAGUAUCUGUCCUCCAUUUAGCUCUCAUAGAUAAAUGUGUUGGAGGGUGAGUGUUUCUAGCCUCUGCAGAAGAAAAAAGAGGAGAGGGAAAAACAAUGCUGUCACAAAAAAUAACACAAACUCAAAACCUGCCUUGGGGGAACAAUAGGUAGGUUCUUUGAUGAACAGAAGACGACUAAAAAGGAAAGAUGCCAUAUCCUGUUUAAAAGAACUAAGCCCCGAGUUUCUGGAAGUCACUCCUGUAGACAGAGCUCGCGGAGAUGGAAGGAAGAAGCCUCAGCAUCACAGCGUUGCUGCCUUAAGCUCGUCUGUGAGGUGGCACUUAUUCCAUUUGAUAGGAACACACGCUGACUCUCUUCUGAGAGCGCUCGCUAAAGAAGCCCUCAUUUGAUGCUAGUUAAUGUGAUGCUCCAUUGUAAUGGGGCUUUCUGAAAAGACAUGGUGUUUGCUAAGGGUGCACAAUAUGUUGGCAGCAGAUAAAUUCUAUUAUAUAUUGACAAUAAAUGGGAAAAUCGGCUGUAUAUUGACAUUACAGCCCAUAAGUUAGCAUCCUGUUUUUAGCUUACGCAUGCACUGAUAAGUAGACCCUAGUGCUGAUCAUUUCCAUUCUUUUCAACUCAUUAAAACAGAUAGCAUUGUGGAUAACACCACCAACCCUCCCACAGAAGAUUAUUACACUAAUAAGAGUCCUUGGGCAAGACUCUCAGUGCUCCAUUCAGCUACCUUUGUAAGUGGCUCUGGAAUUAAAAUUAGUGUACUAAAUAUAUACAUAAAUAUAAAUGUUUACAACAGCUUUUACAUCUGAUUUAGCUAUGUCAUGGCUAUCUAAAAUUAAUCAGUAGCUAAUUAUUGGUUCCUAUUAUCAGCCCAGAUAUUCUGCAUUGCCCCAUCGCUAGCAUUUGCGUGCUUCUUGAUUACUGUAGACAAAGGUGAUUGAGAAAACGUGGCUCGAAAUGCAAAAAAAAGCAACCUCGAAAUGGAGGAUGAAAGCACUCAUUAAAUAAAGCACAAGCUUAACACAAUCGCUAAGCCCUUAACGCUAUUGGGUCCUUUUGAUCCCAGAUCAAGCCGUGAUGCUCACACUGAUCUGAUUAUAUUAUUUCUCCCCUGAUCACCGCAGCAUUAAUUUCAUAAUUUAAUAUCCAUGCUUCUUCAUUGUACUUUUCUGUGAGAACAUUUCAAGUAUUCCAGAUAUGCAGUGCGUAGUGUCGCCCUGCUCACAUUAAAUCUCAGAUGGUGUCCUGAAUCCCAGCCUGGCCCAAUCAUAGGCUGGGGUGAUACUGUAGCAUGCCUCUGUUUGUGUAACUACUAAUCCAGGUGCUCAUCCCUUCCUGUAAUCAUCACAGCUGUAGCUCCACACAGGUGACGUAGUUACACAGCACAGAAAAGAACAUUCCUGCCUCCACAAGCCAUUUGGGAUGCAGGACUAUUUAAUGGACAAUAACUGUAACAUGUUUCCCUGUAUGCAGGUACUUAAAAAGAACAGAAAAUCUGUUUACUCAAAACACACUUACAAUAACAGCCAAUGGGCAAUUGGAGAGAUUUGGCUGAAAAUUGCUAGAGUAUUCUCCUAUUUAACAAAUGGACCUUCUGCAUCUGUAAAUGCAGCGUUCUAGUGCUGAAUAAAAUUAGGCAAUAUCACAAUAUCUUCUCAGUUCAUCACAUGAUCAGAUGAUAUUGACGUUAAUAAAGUAGGGCUGGCCUGAAUGAUUUAAAUACUACAGUAUUCAUUCAUUCAUUCGAGUAUUUGUUCCUUUAUUUAAUAUUUGUCUUCACGAUGGACGUGAUAUUAGGCUAUUACUAAGCCCCCCCCCCAUGAUUUCACAAAUAACUCCUUUUCCUUGAAAGACUAAAGCAAGAUAUGUUAGUGAAAGAUAUUAAUAUGGUAAUUAAUGUAUAAACAAAGAGAAAUACAAGUUAAUUUGCUUGGCUACCGUUGUGAACUUCAGAUGAAGAGCUGAGUGUGGCCUCUGUCACUCAUUCAGCCACUGCAAAGCUGAGAAAGGGAGAUAAACAGCUAAUACCUAUAAGAUAUGGACAGCUAUAAAUCAAUACGAAUUUAGUAUGAAACACUAAAAUUGCCGGGUUGUCAGUCUAGGGUGAGAUUUAUGUUCGCCUAGCAAAGUUGUUUUACUCAUGACAGAACUGAACUUGGGCCACUGAGUGGGCAAUGGAAUACAAACUUGGCUCCAUUUUGCAAAUUGGCUGAACCCUGGGGUGCUAAUGUUGUUCUGAAAAGUG